AUGCGAGUAGACCGUUUUAUUCUUUACUCGCGUCGCUCUAGGAAGUCUAGAAAGAUGUCAUCACGUCAGCAUAUUGUUCUAUUAGCCAUAUGUUUAUUUCUACAUCAUACACCAGUCAGAUCUCAAGCGCUCAAAGAAGUAGAAUUCACAUUUGCCAGCGCGGCUGCUCCAUCAUCAAUCUGGAAGCCAUCGUUGAUCUUCUACGUUGUUCCACUAUUCAUACUCGCUCUAGUGAUGAAUAAGACGAUAUCUGGAAAUAUUCGUAUGAUCUACGACCAAUGAAAAGGCUGUCGUUCAGAGGUGCCAAAUGUAAAGCGUACUUUUUUGUGUGCAAUGUGCCACACUUUCUUUGGGUAGUAUCUACUGGUAUGUAUAUAAGUCUGUUUAAUUCUUGAUUACUUCAUCAGAUGGUUUCAUUCACUCGUAUACUUUAUAUAUAACCGUUCACUUGUAUACUCAGUU